GCGCGGUGACGACUUCUGAUCAGGCGGAUGAAAUAAAGAGAUCAAAUUGGAUAACCCUAUUUUUUCCACCUUUCUCUUUAUUUUUAUUUUUAUUUAUUAUUUUGUGCGCAGCAAAAAAUAUAUUACAUACAAAUUUACAAACAAAUUCAACUUUUAUUCGCAAUUUAAAAAUCACAUGCGCUUCAGAGCCGCUCUUACCAACGCCACGCUGCUUCUGCGCGUGGUGCAGACCAUGGACAAGCUGACCAAAACAGCCAUCCUCAAGCUGACGCGCUCCAAGUUCCAUCUUAUAGUUCUCACAGACAUGGAUUCGGGGCUGCAGCUCUGGACAGACAUCACGACCUCCGCGCUCUUCAGCGACUAUCGUAUUGAAAGCGUCCACGACGAUGAAAUCUACCUCGAGUUCACCAUCGAAAAUCUCCAACGAGCGCUCAAAUCAACCCAAACCAACACGAGUACCUCGAACCAAUGCACACUGCGUUUGACAAAGAAACAACACCUCCCUGUGCUCUCCCUCGUUAUUCAAACUCAGUCGGCUAUGGGCAGGGAGAUGGUCCUGACACAGGAUGUGCCUGUCAGAGUGUUGACACCGCAGCAGAUGGAGAGUAUUAGGGAGCCCAUGGUGCCUGAUGGCCAGGUGCACGUUAUGAUGCCAAGCUUGGGAAGCGUGCGGAGCGUGGUUGAGCGGAUGAAGUCCAUGGGUGACAGAGUGGCAGUUUCAGCUAAUCGCCUAGGAGAGCUCAAUAUUCGCGUGAAUAACGAACUGGUGGACAUAACAACGUAUUUCAAGGGGUUAGAGAAUUUGAAUGACGACUCUGUAGCUACGCAGGAUGGAUCGCAGGCAACAGUGGAUAGGGCACCGGGGGAGUAUUAUACAGCGGUGGUGGAUAUGAAGAACUUUGUGCGCUUCUUGCAGAGCUACCAUGUGGCGCCAAAGAAUAUUGUUUGUUGUAUUAUUGAGAAUUUUGCACUUGUGUUUUAUGUGUACAUUGGGUCGACCGCUGGGUUUGGUAAUAAUGGCGUGGCGGCGUUGAAUGAUCAGAACUGUGGGUCUAUGACAUAUUUUAUACCUGUAAGACAACAAUAAAGAAAAGAAUGAGACUACAAA